GAUUGUCCAGCUGGGAUGAACACCGGAGCCCCUCUGCCCCACAAGGGGCUGAUCCUGCUCCCCCCUCCCGUGGUGCUGAUCCCAAAUCCAUCCCCUUUCCCUGGGCAGGCUCAGAACCAGGCCCCUGACAUGUUCUUCUGCAUGAGGCUGCUGGAGGAGACCGGAAUCUGCGUCGUGCCCGGCAGCGGCUUCGGCCAGAGAGAGGGCACCUUCCACUUCCGGAUGACGAUCCUGCCGCCCACGGAGAAGCUGCAGGUGCUGCUGGAGAAGCUCAGCAGCUUCUACACCAAGUUCGUCAGGGAAUUCUCUUAAUGAGGGGGAGGGGUCUUCCGCCAUCCCAGCACCCCCCACCGUGUCACCCCCACCCUCCGUGUCACCCCACUCGUGUCACCCCAUCCCGGGUGGUCUCCA